GGCUGCCGGGGGAGGCGGCGCUGCGGCGGUCACUUAUUUAUUAUGCAGGCAUGUCUUUUGCUUCACGAAUCUUCAGUUGCCUUGGCACUAGAACAUACCAACUACGAACAGAUUUGCUUUCCAGAUCCAUCAAACUUUCAGCCUCUGCAACAAUGGCCUUCAGGCACAAGAACACAAGACGAAUUGAAGGCCUUGAUAGCAAUGUGUGGAUUGAAUUUACAAAGGUGGCAGCAGACCCUUCAAUUGUUAAUCUUGGUCAAGGCCUUCCUGAUAUAUCCCCUCCCAGCUAUGUUAAAGAAGAACUGGCAAAGGCAGCAGCAGUUGACAGACUGAACCAGUACACUCGAGGCUUUGGACAUCCCUCGCUGGUGAAAGCCUUGUCUCAAGUAUAUGAGAAAGUUUGUGGAAGAAAGAUUGAUCCUCUCACAGAUAUCCUGGUGACCGUGGGAGCUUAUGGAUCUCUCUUUAGUACAAUACAGGCACUAAUUGAAGAGGGAGAUGAAGUAAUAAUAAUAGAGCCAUUUUACGACUGUUAUGAACCAAUGGUAAAGAUGGCGGGUGCAAAGCCUGUUUUUAUCCCACUGAGAUAUCAAAAUCAUGGAAACUCUGCAUCUAGUGCUGAUUGGGUCUUAGAUCCUGCUGAACUUGCAAAUAAAUUUAAUUCCAAAACAAAAGCUAUUAUUCUGAAUACUCCACACAACCCUAUAGGCAAGGUGUUUACCAGAGAAGAGCUCCAAGUAAUAGCUGAUCUUUGUAUUAAACAUGAUACCCUGUGCAUCAGCGAUGAGGUGUAUGAAUGGCUGGUGUAUAAAGGAAAUAAACACAUUAAAAUAGCUACCUUGCCAGGUAUGUGGGAAAGAACAAUAACUAUAGGAAGUGCUGGAAAAACAUAUAGUGUAACUGGCUGGAAGCUUGGUUGGUCUAUUGGCCCCCAGAACCUGAUCAAGCAUUUGCAAGUUGUUCAACAAAAUACACUGUAUACUUGUGCAACUCCAUUACAGGAGGCUUUGGCACAAGCAUUUUGGACAGACUAUAACCGCAUGGAUGACCCAGACUGCUAUUUUUACUCACUGUCUCGAGAGCUGGAAAGGAAGCGUGAUCGGAUGGCUCAGCUACUUCAAGAAGCUGGACUGAAGCCUAUCAUUCCAGAUGGAGGAUACUUUAUGAUUGUUGACAUUUCUACAUUAAAUGUGGAUCUGUCUGAUGUAGAUGGGAAGCAACCUUAUGACUAUAACUUUGUCAGAUGGAUGAUAACAUCAAAGAAGCUGUCAGCAAUUCCUCUUUCAGCAUUUUGUGGUCCUGAGACAAAAAAGCAGUUUGAAAAGUACAUACGUUUUUGCUUCAUUAAGAAAGACAGCACACUAGAUGCAGCUGAAGUGAUCCUGAAGAACUGGAAUAAGCAGACAGUCUGAUUUUUCGUAUUAACUCUUCUGUCUGGUAUGAUUAUCUAUACAGUAGGCUUUUUUACUGCAAAUUAAAGAACAAAUUCCUCAGUUGAGAAUUAGUAUCACAUUGUAAACAACUUUGUGCUGCCACCUGCUGAGGAGUGAAACCAAUGAUUUACUGAAAUACGUGUAAUGCAACUCUGAGGUUAUUUUCAGUCUCUUCAAAAUCAAUUACUUUUCUUAAAAAACAAAAAGAAAUCUGUGGGAUUCACUUGUUUUACUGAAAGACAAACAUUUUUAGAACUUAGAUUUAUGUUGCUCUCUUAAAACCUAGAUGAAAAACGUGGGAGGCAUUUUGGGUAUGAGAUAGUGUAGGAACUAGGGGUGAGACUUAAACAUUGUGGUUUGUGAUACCCUGUAGCCUGCAGUGGAGAAGAAUCAAGAUAUGCCUCAUUAGGUAGCCUCAGUGACUUUCUACAUACAUACCUACCUACCUACCUGUCCAUGCACAAAUUGCAUCAGGUUAAAUAAAGUGUUUGAGUGAAAUCAAUACAGUAUUUAUACUGUAGGCAACAUUGAGAAGUGCUAAGUUGCAUAAUUUUAUUUUCUCCCAGUAGUCAUGUGUGCUGCUCCGAAAGUACUCAGUCCUCUACAAAACUAUAAGAGUGGCAUCUAGAAUAGGAGUUCUGUUUUCUUAUGUCUGUUUCCUUAUUUAUUUAUUUGAUGGAUGAAUCUGCAAAGCAAACUAGAUGACUUCACUUUUGAAGCUCCCUCACAAAAAGAUGCACAGUGACAUAAUUAAUCCUGUCACCCUUUUUCUUGCCGUGCUCACAACACUUUUAACUUCACACCAAACUUAUUUCAACUCUACAGAUACAGGGGGACCAUGGAGAUGGGCCUUAUACUGAGCUGUGGAGCUCGACUAACUUUGUUUCAAGUUCAGUUGAUAAGGGACUGUUUCAAAAGAGAUCAGUAUGGAGAAUUCCUUUCUAGCUGCUUCCUGUUUCAGUUCUCUCUGCGAUCUUUUCAUCUGUGAAUGGGUUUCCUAUUAGCAGAAGCAGUCCAGGCAAGUAACCUUUCAAAGCUGUGUGUUAUGUUCUCCAUAUUGUUUCUCUAUUCUUCCCACAGCUUAUGGAGGAAUGCCUGAGCAAAUUCAGGAACUAGUUUUGCAGAUAUUUUACACAUUCUGUGAUCACACAGCUGGAACCUUAACUGAAUUCCAUCAUGCUGUGUGAUCACAGAAUGUGAUCACAGGCCAGGCCCUAAAAACAAGUAUACAAAUUGGACUGUAAGAACAGCUGCUAGACUUUUUCAUUAGUACUUUUUGGUUUUGAGCAUUUGGGAGUUCAGUAGCUGGGACUUCCAUAGUCUUUGUAGCUGCCUUCCACUGCCAUUCCCUGAAUCUCACCACAAGAUGGUUGGCUGGCAUUUUUAAAGCGGUACGUAGUCUUUGUGUAAAUCAAUUUACUAAUUAAAAUGACUUAACUGAAAUAUCAGCAUGAAUUUCAUGUACAAAUUCCUACAUUAAAUUCCAAGAGGAACUACUUCUACAAGAAACUAAUUUUCUGUGAAAUCUACACUGUAUUUUCCAAGGAGUUUAAGAUCUGUUUAUUUAAGUUGCACUGGAGAGCUGUGCUGAUGCAGGAACCAAGAGGGCAAUGGAACAGUCUUUGAGCUGCACGAUAAUUUGGGAAAGGAAAAUAUUAAAUAGUCUGCUGCUUUAAUUGAACAGUAAUUUUGAUAAAAUUAAGCAAUUUUUUCUAGCAUAAAUACAUGAUAAAAAUGUAGACUUCUAUGAAAUGUUUGUAUGGUUAUGUGAAUCACAAUUUCCUAAUUUGA